UCGAGUGGAGAGGACCAGCUUCGAUUUUCUUAUUAUCAUUACCAGCCCUCAGUUGACACUUGUGCACCAUUCUAACAUGAUCAUUUUACAUUUUAUCUAUUUGAACGAUUAAAAAUCUUAAAAUCGAUGGAAAAUUCGUGAUUAUUCUCCCCAAAAUUCAAAUAAAUCUUUCUGUUAUAAGUGUACCAUUAUUAUUCAAUUUGUAAUAAAAAACAGGUAAAAAUGUGGAAAAUAUCAGGCUACUUUCUUUUGGUGAUGUUUUUCUGGGUGAAUCUACGAUUUUCAUGUGCGAACUCGGGCGAGGAAAACUGUGAUUUGCGUCAGGAGAAGUCAAACACAAGCUUGGAGUGUAAUUUCAAGGAACAUCGUCUAAUUUGUUUUCACGGGUUAGAGGAUAAAUGGAAGACCGGAGACGAGAACGUGCGAACUCUGGUGCUUUGCUAUUGGCCUACGGAGACCUUCGAUCCUACGGACGUUUUGCAGGGAUUUCCCUCUUUGAAAAAGCUAGUUAUUGAACAAAGCAACUUGACUAAAUUGAUAUCACCUUUUCCAAGUGAAAAUCAAUUAAUUGAGAAAAUAGAGAUAAUUGGGACGAAAUUAAAGAAUCUCCCAGAAAAUGUAUUUCUCAAUCUUUCAAACUUGAAAAUUCUCGACUUUCGGAAUAACAGCCUCGCAGAAGUCGACGCUGAAAUUUAUAAUGUUUCUUCCUUACGUCAUAUUUAUCUUUCUGGUAAUCCAUUAAAAUGCACGGAGAGCACAAAAUGGAUACUGGACCAAGAAAAAUGUUCUUUAGGUCACAAAGUGGCUGACAAAGAGAGUCUACGUUGCACAGUGCCAUACGAUGGUAGACCACUGAUACCAGUAGUAGAAAUACUCAAAACGCUAAAAGAGGAAUGUACAAAAACUGUAUGCGAGUGUGAACUGGUGUACGUGGUUGGCAAUGGAGGAAAGCACAUCCAGAAACAACUUAUGGCUUUUGUUUCGGUGAACUGUAGCUAUCGUGAACUAACGGAGAUGCCGAGCUUUUUGCCUGCGAAUACGACCACUCUUCAUUUAUCUGGAAACAAGAUACAAGAUCUAAGACCACUCACGACGAAUCCUGCUUACAGAGGAGUGAUAGAUCUGUAUCUGGAUGACAAUCUGAUCGAGUCAAUUGUUCAACUGGAGGGAUCUAGUUGGGUGGAUCGUUUUCGAUUGCUCAGUCUUCGUGGAAACAAACUGACCGAUCUGCCAACGUAUGCUUUGGAAAAUGUGCUACAACACAACGGAAACGCUGUGAGUUUGUACCUUGGAAGAAAUACUUGGAGAUGUGAUUGUCUUUUUACUCCAGGUUUUCAGGACCUCCUGAUCAGAUAUACAAGUUUGGUAAAAGACAUUAACGAUGUCAGGUGUUCACCUAACAACGGAGACGAUAAUUCUAAUAAAAUUAUAAAGGACCUGAAACGCACUGAAAUUUGCGUCUCUCCGGAUGAAGAUCCCCUACUUCACCCCCUAGACGUUCUAAACAUUAUUUUGGCGAUCCUAAUAUUUUUAAUCAUUGGAAAACUGCUCUACGACUACUGGUGCUUCAGGAAAACAGGCAAAUUGCCUUGGAUUGUCGCCAAAAUACCAUAAAAGAAGAGUACC